AUGGAAUCUCCAAGGACUGAGUUCUUUCUUAUCUUGUUAUUCUUGUUUUAUCAUCUUCCUUGUGUUCCAAGCCAGAAACAACCAACUGUGUAUUGUGAAACUCCGUUUCAGUGUGGCAACAUCACAGUUGGUUUCCCUUUCUCGGGAGAGCAACGCUCCCCAUCUUGCGGUCACCCUUUGCUGAAUCUUAGCUGCAACAAAAGCUCAAACACAACUUCUAUUAAUCUCUCGGGCUACAACUACAGUGUCCUCCAUACAGACAUGAAUGGAUCCAUUACUCUUAGACUUUCAAGACAAGAUUUUUCGCGUCCUUUCUGCUCCGCUUUAUUCUCCUCUUCACCUUUGCCUCAAGAUCUCUUACAGAACCUACCAUCUUACAAAAGCCUUACCGUGUUCUACAUCUGUGACACUCGCCGCCAUUUCCUUGGCAAUUUUACAUGUCCGAUUAAUAAUCUUGGGUCGGUUGUUCAGGACUCUAGAUAUAAUAAACUUUGUGAUAUGAGGUUUAGCGUCACUGUUCCUGCAAGUUACGUUCCAGAAGAAGAAGCUUUGAAUAUUACCCAUUUAGAAAGUGUUCUUAGAAAAGGUUUUGAAGUGAAACUGAAUAUGGACGAGAUACCUUGUCCAGAAUGCUUAUCCACUGGUGAAAACUGUGGCUUUAGUAUUUCCGGAAAGGGUUGCUGCAAGUAUGUAUCAGGAUCAAUAGAUUGCCGUGAUAUUCUUGAUAGCGGAACUAACAACAUGAAUCUAAUACUUAUUACAAUCGGGACAGUUGCAGGAUCAGUAGUUACUGCAUAUUUGGUGAUGAUUCUAGUAUUUUUGUUAUGGGAGAGAAGAAAGAAAAAGGCUCUGAGAAAACAAAACCUUGAGGCGCUUGUAACCUCGAGACUAUAUAGUUAUAGACAAAUAAAAGAUAUUACCAAAUCAUUUUCAGAAGUAAUUGGACGAGGUGGAUUCGGUACCGUGUAUAAAGGGAAGCUACGUGAUGGCAGUAAAGUUGCAGUAAAAGUUUUGAAGGACUCGAUGAGCAAUUGUGAAGACUUCAUUAACGAAGUCGCAAGCAUCAGCCAAACAUCUCAUGUUAACAUUGUUUCCCUGCUUGGUUUCUGCUACGAAGGGUCAAAAAGAGCGAUCGUCUACGAGUUUGUAGAGAAUGGAUCUCUAGAUCAGUCGAUGAAUCUUGAUGUGAGUACACUAUAUGGAAUUGCGCUAGGCGUUGCUAAGGGAAUUGAGUAUCUGCACUACGGUUGCCGAACAAGGAUUGUGCAUUUCGACAUUAAACCUCAGAAUGUGUUGUUAGAUGAUAAUCUGAGACCCAAAGUUUCUGACUUUGGUCUUGCUAAACUCUGCCAGAACCAAGAAAGCAUCUUGUCAUCGCUCGACACAAGAGGAACUAUAGGAUAUAUUGCUCCAGAGUUAUUUUCAAGAAUGUAUGGAAGUGUGUCUUACAAGUCAGAUGUGUACAGCUAUGGAAUGUUAGUUCUUGAGAUGAUCGGAGCAAGGAACAAAGAAAGGGUUGAAAGUUCUGAUCCGAACAAGAGCUCGGCUUACUUUCCGGAUUGGAUCUAUAAGGAUCUUGAAAGUGGAGAUAUCACAAAGCUUCUUGGGGGUGAAUUAAAUCAAGAAGAAGAAGAUAUAGCGAAAAAGAUGAUCAUAGUCGGGCUUUGGUGUAUUCAGUUAUGCCCGUCAGAUCGUCCAACGAUGAACGAAGUCAUAGAGAUGAUUGAAGGAAGUUUGGAAACUCUCAAGGCACCUCCUAAGCCUCUUUUGCAUAUGCCAAUGCAAAAUAUUUCAGAGUCAUCUCAGCCAUCAGGUGAAAGCUCAAUUUACUCCGAAGUAUGAUCCAGUUAAACCACAACAAUUAGUAUCAAUAAAUCUGAUAUUCAUUUGUACUUAAUUUGUCUGUGGGUUGUUUAUUCGGUUGGGCAUUAAAGAAGUAUUGCUACUGUUCAGUUACAUUUUUACUCAU